AUGAGAUGGGGUCAUAAAGCUAAUCCGGAUAGGUGGUUCAUAAACUUACAACCACAAUUCCAAGAAGUUGUAGACGCAAUGGAAGUGAAUGGUGAACCAGAUAUAGCUGGUAUUUUCAGCGCGGCUUUAAUGCCAUUGAAAGAUAUGAAAGAUGCAGAUAUUUUGAACCAGUAUGAAAUGAACAUGGCUGAUGGAAAUAUAACACCUGACGUUCUAAAACAUUUAUCUCAAAGAACUACACAGAACCAUAGAGAUGGUAUAUUUGGUGAAGAGUUUAGAAAGAAAGUUAGGGAGAGAGAAGGAAGAGAACCUAUUGUACAUGACCUUGCAAACGAAAGUUUACAAAAUGUCAUAAAAACUUACUUUGCAGACAAUGAACCGAGAAGGGAGGAAUAUUUAAGAAAACUCAAAUGGACAGUACCAAAUGAAAUGUUAGUAUUGAAAAACAUGUUCCUUGACAAAAUAAAACCAACUACAGAAAUAAAUGACGCAAGACUGAAACAUUGGGUAAAAGCUUUCCCAUUCACAAAAGAUAUUGUUGGUAACAUGGAAAGAAAACCAGAAUGGCUACAAAAACAUAUAUUUGGAAACGAGCAUAUUCCAUAUGGACAAGCUCUGUUUGAAGAGCUUGAACCGGAAACUCAGGAAAGAGUCAUGCAAACAAUACGCGAAGACUCAAAUACAAACUAUGACAAAAUCUUUCUAGGAUAUAGGUUACCUGAGAUGGGCGACCAGAGCCCAAAGGCAAAAAGGACAUGGGAAAUUUACAACAUACUAGGUGAACAUGAGGCAAAGAUGCAACAACUUGAAGCAGAGGGCAAGUUACCAAAAGCGACACCAAAGAAGAAGAGUAGAACAAAGUGA